GGCGCGCCACAUGUAUAUACCGUGCCGCAGGUACGGAGUAUUGCGGGGUACGCAGGUAGGAUCGUUCGGUCGGGCCCUUUCUUGACCGAGUCCAUCUGCCUCCGUCUUUCCAUCUUCCUUUCUCUCUCUUGCCUGAGAUCAUCUCGGUGCACGAAGUUUUACGCGGUCGCGGAAGUUAAAAACGAUCGUUGGUCGCAAGAACCUAAAACUCGAGGAUCCCAAGUAAUCUCGGCCGCUUCGUGAGAUUCUGCCAUCUGCUGAAACCGCUGCCAAUUCCGCGACCGUUAUCUAUUUUCGGAGGAUCGUGUCCAGCAAGUCAACCCAACGAAUCCCGACGGAGGACUCCCAGCCAGUUUGAUACGGCCGGAUAUUUUCGAGGAUUGCGUCGCGUGACGUCGACCGCAGGAGCCCAAAUACAGGGAGCUGAUCUAUCAGUGAGAAUCAACUGAAACUCUUGUAUUAUCGUAGGAAAGUUCUUGUUCACAUUUGAGCAAGAGUUUGAACUAGUGAGACGUAUUCAGUUACGAAAGUGUGACCGAGAGGGAUCUUAAUUCCUACCGCAAGGAUGUCUGGAAACAAUGAUAGCUUUAAUAAUAAUACCUGUGUGGUAUGCUACAAGAAUGUCGACAUCUAUAGUAUUGGCAUGUGCGAGCAUCCUGUAUGCUACGAAUGCAGCACCCGGAUGAGAGUGCUCUGCCUUCAGAACGAAUGUCCCAUCUGCCGCCAGGAUCUGCCAAAAGUUGUGUUCACGCGAGAGAUCAAACCCUUCCACAGCUUGACCAAUACCAAUCUGUUAGACACCCGAUAUGACAUCUACUUUAGUAGUCUCAAUAUUCAAGAAAAAUUCACUGAAUUGUUAGCCAACACCUGUUCGAUAUGCAAGGAGAAGAUGGUCUUUAGCAGUUUCAAUAGUUUGAAAGAUCAUAUGCGACAACAACAUGAGUUACAUUACUGUGACCUAUGUGUGGAGAAUUUGAAGAUAUUUUCGAAUGAAAGACGUUGUUAUACAAGAUCAAGUUUAGCUACGCAUCGAAGGAAAGGUGAUAUUGAUGAUAGAAGUCACAAGGGCCAUCCACUCUGCGAAUUUUGCGAUCAGCGAUACAUGGACAACGAUGAGCUAUACCGACAUCUGAGACGCGAUCACUUAUAUUGUCAUUUCUGUGACGCGGACGGUCUGCACCAGUAUUACAGCUCCUACGAUUAUCUCAGAGACCAUUUCCGACAGGAACAUUAUCUAUGCGAGGAGGGGGUGUGCGCGGAGGAAAAGUUCACGAGUGUUUUUCGGACCGACAUAGAUCUCAAGGCGCACAAAGCCAGCGUUCAUGGCAAGCAGUUGAGUAAAGCUGCCGCGAAGCAGGCGAGAACAUUAGAACUGGAAUUUACCUUGGCGCCUCGUGGCGAAAAUCGGAUGAACAGAAGAGGUAUGCUGGGCGCGUCUACGUCGAGAAACACGAGGGAUUACAACGGCAGGGAUUAUGGUUCCAGAGAUUACCAGCAAGGCGCGAUAUCCAACAAUUCCAAUUUAUUCAUGUCUAAUAAUGAGCCUAUCUUCACGAAACAACCGUCCGUCGAUGUGCAAAGCACAGAUGAAUUUCCUACGUUAGGUGGUAGUGCCAUUCCUGUCGUUCCCACCUUAUCUCAAUCCAAAAGCAGAGGGAACGUGACUAUUCGCAGCACUGUGAGGAAUCAACCGCUCGCGGUAACGGACGAGAACUUUCCGGCAUUGGGUCCAGAUUCGGCCGGUCCCAGUAUCUCGAAGACGGUAAAUUUUAGCGUUUCCAGCAGCAAUGCCACGGGAUCCAGUGGCUUGCCGCAAUGUCAGAAAGGUUCCGCGUCUUCGAACGUCUCCAUUCAAGUGAAUCAUGAAUCGAACGGCACUGUCACCACCAGAGUAUCCGGACCUAACAUCAGAAUACGUCCCACUCAAUUAUCAAUAGAUUCUGAUUUUCCUGCUUUGGGCAAUUCCGAACCAUCUACCAGUACUGCCAAUUCGAUUCAGUGGAAGGAAGUCUUGCAAUGGACCUGCUCGAAAUCAGCAUCAGCAAACACGCCCAAAUCUAAGGUGGCGCCGCCACCCUCGAUACCAUCAGCACCGCCCAUUCGAUCUGGUGAAGACUUUCCAAGUCUGUCCAAGUCGUUAAAGUCGAAAAAACAAUCGAUGAUCACAGUAGUACCAUCGUGGGGACAGAACUCUCAGAAUAUCAGCAACGUCCAAACUUCCACUACUAACAACACAAAGACAACGACGGAUCAAACGAAGAGUAAGACGAAGAAGAAAAAAGCGAAGCAGGCUUCGAGUGGUAACAGUUCAAGUGGUAACGAGUCUGGCAGCUCCAAAUCAAAUAUAAAUACUGUUGUGACAAAAAAGGACAUCGAAUUGGCGCGUACUGGUGACUCGGACAACUCUCGUGUUGUUUCUAAGGAGAGUUCGCGAGUCACGCAAGAUACGAAUGCGAGUGGCGAUAAUAGCAAGAAUUCAAGUGUGCAGAACUCGAAGGAACCGGAGCAUGCGAAUAAAAAGGAUAAGAGAAAAAACAAAAAUAAUGUAGAUGAAAAUUCAAGCGUAACGACUAUUAUAAAUACGGAAUCUGAAAGUGGAGGCAACGGUUCUUCGAACGGAGAGAAGCAAAGGAAGCGUAGCGAGUUGAAGAUAGACAGCUUGAAUACCGCCAACAAUAAUAUCCAUCGGACGGAAGAUUUUCCCGCUUUAGGUAGCACUAGCAGUAGACCACCAGGCUUCACGAAUCCGCCACCUGGUUUUUCUUCGCCGACUCUACCACCGCCCGGUUUUUCCAUAAAAUACAGCCUUGACGGAUUGCAUGGUGGCAACGGCUUGACGUUCACAAACAGUUCCGGCGAAAGCUACUCUAUCCUGCCGGAUAACAGCAGCAAGCAUAUGACUCAUGUCUACGUGUCGCCACCCGAUUUUCAGAAACGGAAUACGUGUCUGGUAGCAAAGCUUAACGCAGUUCUCGUAGAACAGAACAAAAUCGAAGAGUUUCGUUACGUAAGCGGCCUCUUUCGUGGUGGUACCUGCGACGCCCAGGAGUAUUAUACGCACUGUUGCGAAGUCAUGGGCGCCAGCGCCUUCGAGAGCGUAUUCCCUGAGCUUCUGGUAUUGCUGCCAGAUAUCGCGAAGCAACAGGAACUAUUCAAAGUGCACAAGAAGCAAGCAGGCGGGAAGGCGAAGGGACUAGAGAUGUGCGCCACAUGCGGUCAGGUUCUUAAAAAUGGCUCGGACUUUAGAAUGCAUAUGUCCAGUCACACGCUUGAGAAUCACUUCCCGGCGCUAGGUAAGAGCAAUACGCCGCCGCCGAAGAACACGUGGGUACGUAAAUGAGUCAAUUACGCUCUCUCGAUCAUCAUGCUCUUAUUUUGGAGGAUCCGGGGAAGCCAAAUAUCCGCUCGCCCGACUACUGAAAACAGUUGUAAAUAUAACGCUCUUGUUUUUAUACCAUCGUACUUCAAGAUUUAAAUCUAUUGCGUUGCGUUUAUCCGAUACGUAAUACGAGUGUAAUAAUAUUUAUUCCAAGAGUCAAUCAAUCCUUAGUGUUAAAAACAAAAUGUGCAUUGAACUAGCGCUGACUAUUCGCAAUAGACUUGAUACCUGUAAAUUGCGAAGCAAUAUUGAUUAAAAUUAAAAGAAAAAGAAUAUUAUAUAUCUUAGAGCUUUUACAGGCGGUUGUAUUAAUGAUGUAAUGCUUCGAGACAGUGAUAAACAGGAGAUGACAUAUUUUUUUGUAUAAUAAACUAUGAAAAGUAUGUAGGAUACUGAAAAAAAGUCUGUUAAAGUUAUAAAGAAUGAACAUAUGCGUAUA